AUGGGAAACGCCCCGAGCAUUCCCGGGCACGACUGCCUCCUCGCAGCUGUGGCCUACAACCCCAGCAAGAUCGCCUUCCGCGGCUCUCUGCGCAUCACUCCACUCUACAACUUGGACUUCCCAGUCGUCCCAACCGCAAUAACCUACCCCGACACCAACGAGCAAGUCGCCGAGAUCGUGCGCUGUGCCGCUGACAACGGCUAUAAGGUCCAGGCUCGCAGCGGUGGACACAGUUAUGGGAACUAUGGACUCGGAGGAACCGAUGGAGCCAUCGUCGUCGAUCUCCAGAAUUUCCAGCAAUUCUCCAUUGACCCCAACACACAAAUCGCGACAAUUGGAGCCGGCACCCUCCUCCGCGACCUGACCACCCGCCUCAAUGAUGCAGGCGGACGUGCCGUUGCCCACGGCACUUGUGGACAAGUCGGUACCGGGGGCCAUUUCACCAUCGGCGGGCUGGGUCCGAAAUCGCGCGAAUGGGGCAUGGCGCUAGACCAUGUCGAAGAAGCAACCGUCGUGCUGGCCAACUCGACAAUCGUACAAGCCACGAAGGAUCAGCAUCAGGAUGUUUUAUUCGCGAUCAAAGGGGCUGCAGCGAGUUUUGGCAUUGUGACCGAGUUCAAACUGCAUACCCAUCCUGCUCCAACGCAGGCGUAUCAAUAUUCAUUCACGUGGACUAUGGGGAGCAGCAGGGACAAAGCAAAUGUAUUCAAAGAUUGGCAGAGGCUCGUCUCGAAUGAGACGCUGACUCGUAAGUUUGCGAGCGAGCUGGUGGUCACCGAGGCGGGUGUGAUUGUCUCGGGAACGUACUUUGGGACUCGAGAGGAAUUCGACGCGUUUGAACUCGAGAAUCACUUCCCCAUGGCCAGCUCCUCGACCGUUUUGACGCUGAGCAACUGGCUAGGGAUGAUCGGUAGCCGGGCAGAAGACCUCAUCGAGCAGGCUGCUGGCGGUAUCCCGGUUUCUUUCUACUCGAAAUCUCUACCAUUCACCAAUGCGACCAUAAUCCCGGACGAGGGCGUUGAUGCGCUGUUUGAAUAUAUCGAUAAAACUCCCAAGGACACCCUCGCCUGGUUUAUCAUUUUCGACCUGGAGGCGGGCGCGACAAACGAUGUGCCCAUGGACGCGACGGCAUAUGCUCACCGCGAUGCAUUCAUGUGGAUGCAGUCAUACGCCAUCAACCUUCUUGGCCCGGUCUCGCGCCAAAGUAAGAAUUUCCUUCAGGGCCUGAACGAUGUUAUCUUGCGCUCGGAGAAGCCGGGCGCCCGCUUUGGUGCCUAUCCUGGCUACGUGGAUCCGUACAUGGAAAAUGCGCAGUACGCCUAUUGGGGUAGUAACUUGCCGCGAUUGGAAACUAUUAAGAGGGACAUUGACCCAAACGACGUUUUUCACAACCCCCAGAGCGUCCGGGUUAAAUCGAACAACCCUUGA